GACAGUUUUAAAAAUUAUUGCUAAAAAAAGGAUUUACGCAAAAACAAUUUUCCAUUGGCAAAAUUAGGCAUUCCAUCACUUCUUUUGUUUCCGUUCCACCAGUAAAAAAACCAAAAUUCUUUUAUAGUUCUCUAGGUCUUCGAUUCGAUUCGAUUUGAUCCAGUGAUUUCUUCUUCUCUUUCUCUUCGAAUUGCCCCUCGUGAAGCAGAGGAUUGUGUGUGUGUGUGUGUGUAUAUAUGACACCGUGUGCGAGGGAGAUAUCAUCCGGAGAUGUUAAAGAGACAGAGAAACACAGGAUUCAGUACUCGUCCAGGCACGUGAAACACCUCCCCCCUGGUUCUACCACCGACUUCGACUGGAAGGACUACUGUCCGAGGGGCUUCAGACUUUUACAACAGCUCGAAGAUAUUGAAAAUGAUGAGUACAUGCGCUCAAUCUGUAACGAUGAGACCCUGCGGAAGCUUUCCUCGGGGAAAGUUGGUAAAGUCUUUCUCCUCUCCAAGGAUGACCGCUUUAUCAUCAAGAUUCUUCGGAAAUCUGAAAUUAAGGUAAUACUAGAGAUGCUGCCCAAUUAUUACCGCCAUAUCCAGAAAUACAGGUCAACAUUGUUGGCCAAGAUAUAUGGUGCUCAUUUUGUGAAGCCUGUUGGAGGUGUGAAGACAUAUUUUGUUGUAAUGUCAAACAUACUGCAGUCAGAUGUCUUCAUGAGCAAGGUAUAUGAUCUGAAAGGUUCACCGCUAGGUCGAACAGCAAAGAGAAUCAAAGUGAGGGAUAAAACCAUAUUGAAAGAUAUUGACCUGGAUUUUUGUUUCUACGUGGAUCCAUUGAUCAGACGUCGGCUCAUCAAGCAAACGAAGCUAGAUUGUGAACUUUUGCAAGCCGAGGGCAUUAUGGAUUAUAGCCUAAUGCUUGGUGUUCAAGUAAAAGGACCAUGUCAAGGUUCACUUGACAAAUUAAGCCCUGUCUACGACAGCUCCUCACCUCGAGAGUCUCUCAAUAGCGUUAGCUCAAAGUUUAUUAAUGCAAUUUCCAACUCUCCAGAUAGAUCUUCUACAGUGUAUUCGUGCACUCCUAGCAGAGAUUCAAUCGACAGUGUCAGUGAGAAUUCUGUCUCUACAAAAUCAGGGGCAAGCAUAAACUCAACUCCGGUGCUGAUAGACUUUCCUGACCCUCAGCAAGAAAAAAACCCACCCAAAUCAACACUUGGUGAGGUUUUCUCCAACAGUUCAAGCACCAAUUUCGGGAUGAAAGUAGGGGCAAGGGCGAGAAGGUUGAAGAGGACGGAAUCGAAAGGGAAGGGGGAGGAGGAGUGGUACGAGGUGGUGCUGUACCUGGGAAUAGUAGACAUUUUCCAAAACUACGGAGUGAGGAAACGGAUAGAGCACUGUUACAAGUCCAUCCAACACGACUCCCUCUCCAUCUCCGCGGUCAAUCCCAGCCUCUACUCUUCCCGCUUUCUUGACUUCGUCUCUCACAUCUUCCUCCCUAACGACCACCCUUCCCUCUAUUAACAUCACAUUCCUCAAAAGCUGCUAUAUGUGUUGCCCGUUAGUUCAUUCUUAACUGCAGUAUAGUUUUUAUAGCCAAAAAAAAUGUUCUACAAAUUAGUUUAAUUUAUGUGUCUCUGUGUAUACUUUCAUUUUUUUUUUAAAAACGUGAUGUGAAUGUAUCGUAAAAAUGGA